CAAGUCGAGCGCGGGAACACAAUUCCACGAAAUCCCGCCAAUUGAAACCCAAAAUUCCCAAACACGGUUCAUUUCCCUCCUCCACUAUAUAAACCCUUGCCCCAUACCCCACCCACUCAAACCCUCAAAAUCUCCUGCACCUAUUUUCCCCCCAAAAGGAAACCCUAGCCCCAAUCAAGAAUCCGUACACCUCCACGACCCGGAAACGAUGUUGGAGCUCCGACUGGUUCAGGGGUCGCUGCUGAAGAAGGUUCUUGAGUCCAUCAAGGACCUCGUCAACGACGCCAACUUCGAUUGCUCCGCCACUGGCUUCUCCCUCCAGGCCAUGGAUUCCAGCCACGUGGCGCUGGUGGCGCUGCUGCUCAGAUCCGAGGGCUUCGAGCACUACCGCUGCGACCGCAAUAUCUCCAUGGGCAUGAACCUCACCAACAUGUCCAAGAUGCUGAAAUGCGCCGGAAAUGAUGACAUCAUCACCAUCAAGGCUGACGAUGGCAGCGAUACUGUCACCUUCAUGUUCGAAAGUCCCACGCAAGAUAAAAUUUCUGAUUUUGAGAUGAAGCUGAUGGACAUUGAUAGUGAGCACCUUGGAAUUCCGGAGGCAGAAUACCAUGCUAUUGUUAAGAUGCCUUCAUCUGAGUUUGCUAGGAUAUGUAAAGACCUCAGUGGCAUUGGUGAUACAGUUGUGAUAUCUGUGACCAAGGAAGGUGUGAAGUUCUCUACAAGAGGGGAUAUUGGCACUGCUAACAUCGUCUGUAGGCAGAACACUACAGUGGACAAGCCUGAAGAAGCAACAGUUAUUGAUAUGAAUGAGCCAGUUUCAUUGACAUUUGCUCUGAGGUACAUGAAUUCCUUCACAAAAGCGACCACAUUGUCGAACACAGUUACAAUCAGCCUGUCUUCUGAACUUCCGGUUGUGGUUGAGUACAAGAUUGCAGAGAUGGGCUACAUCAGGUUCUACUUGGCUCCUAAGAUAGAAGAAGAUGAAGAUGAGACGAAGCCUGAAGUUUGAGUGUUAUGCCACGGCAGAGGCAUAUACUUGUUUGUUUACUUGAACUGCACUGUUUAAAAAUCCAUGUAGAGGAUUUUUUUUCAUAUACGCUUCGAUCUGAGGUUUUCCUUGCUUUCUCUGUGACUGAGUUGGCAAAUCUGUAGUUUAGGAAUCUUCAAAUCUAUUAGGUUCUGUGUUGUAGGUUUUUAAUUGAAAACAUUGUUCUUUCU